AAGUAAUUUGCCUCUUCCUUCGGCCAAUGAGAACCAGAGCGCUCCUCCAUCAAAACCCAACGCGCUCUUUUUUUCCUCCCUCUCCAGGAUCUUCUCAGUGGAGAGAUUCACCUUCCUCCAAACGUUCAAGCGCCGCGAGAGCGCGGUCACACUCGCCUCGUACCUCUCUGUCUCUCUUUCUUUUUUUCCCUCUAUUUAUCUAUCUGUCUUUUUCGCUUUAAUAUUCGGAGAACAAACACAAAAAGAAGAAGCAAGCCAAGGCAAAGCGCGUCCAGACCGAAUGAAGACCGAAGGAUCUACCCGGAUUCGAGCGCAUGAUGUGGGCAUGGUGCUGGAGGAGCUCGGCUCAGCGGAACACUAGCACGCAGAAGAGCUCACCUCCGGAGCUGUGCGCGACGGAUGCGCUCGGGCUUCGUCCGCGGAUUACCGAGGCGCCCGCCUUCCGUUUUGCUCGCCGACUCCUGCUCGUCGCCUCGCUGGGACUAUGGCCUCGGAUGCCGGAGUUUUACCCCCGAGCUACACGCGCUCCGGGAACCCGGACCUCACCCGCAGACCCAGCUACUGCCACGCCGCAUUUGCGCUCAAACAGAUCGCUAAGGGAAAAGCUGCGGGUCAGAAAGCUCCACUGUGGCUCCGGGCCCGGUUCCAGGCUCUCCUCUUUACUCUAGGAUGUCAUAUUCAGCGACACUGUGGAAAAGUGCUUUUUAUUGGACUCCUCGUGUUUGGAGCUCUCUCGGUUGGCCUACGCGUAGCAGCCAUCGAGACGGACAUCGAACAGCUAUGGGUGGAAGCUGGCAGUAGGGUGAGCAGGGAAUUGCGCUACACAAAGGAGAAACAAGGAGAAGAAGCAGUGUUCACCUCACAGAUGCUUAUACAGACACCCAAACAGGAAGGAACCAAUAUUCUUACCCAGGAAGCUUUGCUGCUCCACCUUGAGGCAGCUGUGUCAGCCAGCAAAGUCCAGGUGUCUCUUUAUGGAAAAUCCUGGGAUCUUAACAAAAUCUGCUUCAAAUCUGGAGUGCCAAUUAUAGAAAAUGUCAUGAUCGAGAGGAUGAUUGACAAGCUUUUUCCCUGCAUGAUUGUGACCCCCCUGGACUGCUUCUGGGAGGGCUCAAAACUGCAAGGAGGCUCAGCCUACUUACCAGGGAUGCCUGAUAUUCAGUGGAUGAAUCUGGAUCCGCUGAAACUCAUGGAGGAGUUGAGCCAGUUUACCUCAUUAGAAGGUUUCAAGGAGAUGCUGGACAAGGCUCAAGUUGGCCAUGCCUACAUGAACCGGCCCUGUCUUGAUCCCAAUGACCCAGACUGCCCACUUAGCGCCCCCAAUAAAGACCUGCGGCAGACUCCAGAUAUUUCUGUGGAACUUCAGGGUGGCUGCCAUGGUUUCUCCAAGAAGUUCAUGCAUUGGCAGGAGGAGCUGAUCCUGGGGGAACUGACAAAGAACUCACAGGGAUUUUUGCAAAGUGCAGAGGCUUUGCAGACCAUGUUUCUCCUCAUGAGUCCCAAGCAGCUAUAUGAGCACUUUAAGGAUGACUAUGAGAUCCAUGACAUAAACUGGAAUGAGGAUAAGGCCACUGCCAUCCUGGAAUCCUGGCAGAGAAAGUUUGUUGAGGCGGUCCAUGGAAGCAUUCCCCAGAACUCCUCCUCUACUGUCCACGCAUUUUCUACAACUACUCUUAAUGACAUCAUGAAGUCCUUCUCUGAUGUCAGUGUCAUCAGGGUAGCAGGAGGUUACCUGCUCAUGCUGGCCUAUGCAUGUGUAUCCAUGCUCCGCUGGGACUGUGCUAAAAGUCAAGGUGCUGUAGGUCUAGCUGGAGUGCUACUGGUGGCGCUAUCUGUAGCUGCAGGUUUAGGGUUAUGCUCUCUGCUGGGGUUGUCUUUCAACGCUGCCACCACACAGGUGUUGCCAUUUUUGGCACUAGGCAUCGGAGUGGAUGACAUGUUCCUUCUGGCUCAUUCUUUUACUGAGGCUGGCUCCAACAUCCCCUUUAAGGAAAUGACUGGUGACUGUCUCAGAAGGACUGGUACUAGUGUGGCUCUCACAUCUAUCAACAACAUGAUCGCCUUCUUCAUGGCAGCUCUAGUGCCCAUUCCUGCUCUUCGUGCUUUCUCUUUGCAGGCCGCUAUUGUGGUGGUAUUUAACUUUGCUAUGGUCCUGCUCAUCUUCCCUGCAAUUCUGAGUUUGGAUUUGCAUAGACGCAAGGACAAACGACUGGACAUCCUCUGCUGCUUUUACAGCCCGUGUUCCUCGCGAGUAAUCCAGAUCCAAAGUCAGGAGUACUCUGAUGCCAGCGAUAACCACACCCAUCAUCAAAGCCCACCCACUCCUACGUUUGCUGGUUCCACAAUCACCACCAGCACUCACAUCACCACCACAGUGCAGGCGUUCACCCAGUGUGAUGCUGCUGGUCAGCACAUCGUCACCAUUCUGCCCCCGACGUCUCAGAUCUCGACCAGCCCUCCCUCUGUGGUGGUGUCACCCCCAGACUCCAGACCCACCGCUGACCCUUACGGCUCCCAGCUUUUCAUGCCCUCCAGCUCCACUCGGGACUUGCUAGCGCAAACAGAGGAGCCGAGACUCGGACGUGAGUGUGUGCCUCUGCCCUUUUUGCAGUGGAACCUGCCCCGCUUUGCUCGAGAGAAGUAUGCACCACUGCUGCUUAAGCCUGAGACAAAGACAGUGGUGGUGGUGAUAUUUGUGGCACUGCUCAGUAUCAGCCUUUACGGUACCACCAUGGUCCAUGAUGGCCUCUACUUGACGGAUAUCGUGCCCAGGGACACAAAGGAAUAUGAUUUCAUUUCGGCCCAGUUUAAAUACUUCUCUUUCUACAAUAUGUACUUGGUCACAAUGGACGGCUUCGACUACGCCCAUUCUCAACGCGAGCUCCUGCAGCUUCACAAUGCCUUCAACUCGGUCAAGUACAUCGUGAGAGACAGUGAUAAAAAACUGCCCCGCAUGUGGCUCCACUACUUCCAUGACUGGCUCAGAGGACUGCAGGCUGCAUUUGAUUCUGACUGGGAAGCAGGCAGGAUCACCCAUGACAGUUACCGCAAUGGUACUGAGGACGGAGCAUUAGCUUAUAAACUGCUCAUUCAGACUGGCUCUAAAAAAGAGCCAUUCAAUUACAGCCAGCUAACAUCUCGACGCCUGGUUGAUAAUGAUGGUCUGAUCCCCCAAGAGGUAUUCUACAUUUACCUGACUGUGUGGGUCAGUAAUGAUCCCCUGGGCUAUGCAGCAUCACAGGCUAACUUCUAUCCCCACCCUCAUGAGUGGAUUCAUGACAAAUAUGAUACCACUGGAGAGAACCUACGUAUCCCAGCUGCUGAGCCUCUGGAGUUUGCCCAAUUUCCCUUCUACCUGAAUGGCCUUCGACAAGCUUCAGACUUCAUUGAGGCCAUUGAGAGUGUGCGCUCCAUCUGUGAAGAAUUUAUGCGCAAGGGCAUCCCAAACUACCCUAACGGGUACCCAUUCCUUUUCUGGGAGCAGUACAUUGGCCUGCGCCACUGGUUCCUACUGUCUAUCAGUGUGGUGCUCGCCUGCACCUUCCUGGUGUGUGCCAUUCUGCUACUUAACCCCUGGACAGCAGGCAUUAUUGUUUUUAUCUUGGCAAUGAUGACUGUAGAGCUGUUUGGCAUCAUGGGUCUGAUUGGUAUCAAGCUGAGUGCCAUCCCUGUGGUUAUUCUCAUUGCCUCUGUUGGCAUCGGAGUGGAGUUUACAGUGCAUGUUGCAUUGGGAUUUCUGACUGCCAUUGGAGACAGAAACACACGUUCAGUUGUGGCUCUAGAGCACAUGUUUGCACCUGUAAUGGAUGGCGCCAUUUCCACUCUACUUGGAGUGCUCAUGCUGGCUGGCUCAGAGUUUGACUUCAUCAUGAGGUACUUUUUUGCAGUGCUGACCAUUUUGACAUUGUUGGGAAUUCUAAAUGGCUUGGUACUGCUGCCUGUUCUGCUAUCCAUCAUGGGCCCUCCAGCAGAAGUCUUUCUUGGCAGUAAUUCCAGCGGGCUCUCCAGUCCCUCACCGGAACCCGUUCCCAGGAUCAUGAACAACCAUGGCUACUAUGCUGGGCACAUCCCCCGAGCACCACGACAGGCCUUCACCGAGGUCUCAGACUCCGAGUACUACUCUGAAACGACCAACACAUCCGGUAUCGGGGAGGAAGACUACAAGCACUGUGACAGAACUGCAUACAUAACCACACCUUCAGAGCUGCCAACUUCCCACAUACUGCUGGAAGCCAGCAAGAACCCAUCAUUUCCGAAGCUCACAGUUGUAAAACCUUACAAUGAAAUUCCAUCAGCCACAAGCCCCCAAAACGAGGCAGCGCAGAAUGCAGUCAAUUCCAUCAGUUCACAGAUCACACGUUGGAAUGGCAAGUCGGAGUGCCAGGGAUCCAGGCAACACCAUUUACCCAACAACAGUGCAUACUCUUACGAGAGAACUACUCACUGUGGUCCCAGACUACAGAAAGGCAGAGGGCCACAGCAGAACAGGACUAAAGCUCUGCCACAAGGUGGCAACACACUGCAGCCGCCAAGCAACACUGUCACUAUGGUUACAGCCACUGCCUCAGUAACCGUGUCAGUACACCCCAAUCUGCCGGGGUCAUAUCAGGGUACCGUGCACGAGGUCUUUGAGGACAGCAUGUCAGACUCUUUUGAGAACUCAAAGAGGACUUCGCAAACGUAUGGAAAAGCUAAUCAGCCUUCCAAAAGAGACUCUUUACAACUACAAGAUCUGGAAUCCCUAGAUAACCACCAGCAUCAAGCUAAACAGGGUCUAGGUUCUACAUGGACCCAAACAGCCAAAGAUUUCUAGACAGCACACAUCUUCACCCUACAAUUCCACAAACCCCUUUGUCUGGAAUCUAUUUCUGGCUGUUUUGGGAGGUCCCUAUGCUCUGUCUUUCUGAACUGUACAUAAACCUCACAGAUAAGAGGAUUUAUUUUAAAAGAUAUUAAAAAAAUAUACAUUUAUAAAUAUAUACAAAUAUAUUUUAAUACUAAAAGAGGGGAAAAACUAUUUAAAAGAGUACUGUAUCACUUGUGUAUUGUCUUAUGUAAAAGUCAGAUAUAUAAGAGGAUCCAUAGGCUUUGUUUCCUCUUUUUUUUGUUGUUGUAAAGAUUGAGAAUUGUGUUAUAUGUAAAAAUUCAGAGACGUUAAUUAUUAGGUUAUUGCAAAUGAAAGGUCAGUGUUCUUUUUUUGCUGCUAUACAUCAUAUAUGAUGAUGUCUUGAAAAUGAGUAGAACCCCCUCCUCGAUGUAAGCUGUAACAUUCGAUUAAUAUGUUCUUACACUGCGAAUUUCGUUGACUUGUUCCCGGAUUACAUCACAGUUCUAUGUAUUCAUUUGGCAAACACUUCUUUUGAAUGGGACUUAAAAGAGAAAUAGAAUCCAGUUGAGUUUUGGGCCUUUGAGUCAAAAGUCAAGAGAUUUGUUCAAAAGCCCAACAGUGGAUGUCUAGCAGUGUUGGGAUUUUAACUCACAACCUUACUGUCCCUAACACAGAAUUUUAACCUCUGAGCAACCACUGCACUGUACUCCCUGAUGGUGUCUUGUCUUUGAUUGCACUGUAACAUGUCGAAAACUUAGAUAUAUUCAGUCCAUUCCUGUCACAAGUAUUUAAUUUCUUUGAAAUAUCUCUUUCUACCUUUAUUUCACUGAUAGCAUUUAUUUCAAUUUUGCUUACUGACACACGUGGAAACUUGAUUUUUUUUUUUUUCUUCACUAUUGGUGUAGUUCUGUGCUAAAUGGACAGUGAUGAAAAAUGUAUACUUCUUCUACAGUCCAUAAACCCCUAAGGUUUAGCCUUAUAGCUUCUCACUGUCUCCUCUGUCUAUUGAGGUCAGUAAAACCUGCCAUGUAAUUCAGGACUACAGAAUCAAUAUGUUCAUAUACAAAUUUUAUAUCGCAGUCAAUACACUUGAAUACUUGAGGGGCAGCAUUUUUUUUAUAUAUAUAAUCAGCUAUACAGAGUUUAAGUCUUCCAUUUGUUACAGUUCUCCUGCUGAAGCUAUGAGAUAUAUAGCAGGUCCAUUUUCGUGUUCCUUAAAUGUCAAAAGGGAAUCUUAUUUAAGUACAAAGGGAGGUAAAGGUUUUGUUUAUUUUUAGCUGCUUUAGAGGUAAAUACAUAGCUGAAGUUCCAUGCAAUGGUGGAUUGUUGUUUUCCCACAGACUUCUCCAGCUAGACCAGUGUAUUAACUCAUUCAAGCCAGUAUUUCUUCUUCUCUGUUUCUUGGAUUCUACUUUUUUUCAAUACCGGUCACAACACUGCCAGGAUUAAACCCAGGGAAACAUUCGAUUUAUGUGACAGCAAUAAGGAAAGACUUGGGGAUGGGGGUCCUGUACUUCUAUUUGAAAUGUUAUGUCAUGCCAUAUGAAUUAUUUAUAUAAAAAGUUUUAUUUUUGUAGUUUGUACAGAUGUUAGUCUCUAGACUGAUGUUAUAUUUUUAAAGAGUAAAUAUAUUACAAAUGCAAAUAUAUAUAAUUAUAUCUAUUUGUUGCUUUUUCAGGGGAGGGGGGGUGUAAAAUUGGUUGGAGUGGAGAUUUUCUUUUUUUUUUUUUUUGUUUUUGUUAGAUGAGAAGAAAAUCUGUUUGGAAAAUGAAGGAGGGGUGUGUGGUUGUCACUGUCCACCUUGUGUAGAUGUCCUUGCUUUCUUCUUCAUCUAAAAAAAUUGAACAAAUAUCUAUUUGUUGUCUAAAACACUGACUUCAGAAAUCCAUGUGCAAGAAAAAAAAACACAAUCUUUGUGUGAUCGUUAUUUCCCUUCACCCUUAACAAGAAUUCAACUAACAAAAUAAAUGUUCCAAAUCAA